GGGACGGACGCCUUUGAGCUUGCCUAUCUCAAGGACAACUCUUAGUCUACACGUACCUAAUUAGUUGAUGCCUCCUAAGAUACGCAAGAGAUUACAAUAUCUUUGAGUAUCACAACGAGGUCGCCGACUUCACCAACAAUAGUCACCUUGCCCUGUCGUCUAUUGUGAAUCGUCAACAUUUGGAGCCGGAGUUCGGACUACGAGAUCAAGCAGGUCACACUCAUCAAAACUCCUAACAUCUCCACACUUCCAACAACCAUACUCAUUCCUCUUCCACACACUCGAGCUGCUAUCUGUGCUCUCACUGGAUCUAUUUAACACAGUAACCACAUACAACUCAACCACCCACCAUGGUCUCCAAAAUACCCAACGACAUCUUUCAGUUCAGCACCGCUAGCGCUCUGAUGGCCGGUCUCGCCCACAACGGCCCUUCCUGCGGUCAGCUUCCCGGCUAUGGUUCCCAUGGCAUUGGUACAUUCGGCAGCAUGAACGGCGAACUCCUUUUCCUAGAUGGCAAGCCCUGGCAAAUGCUCCCAUCCGGAAAAGUUCAGCCCGCAGACCCAGAAACCUCUUUGCCUUUUGUCCAAGUCACAAAGUUCUCACCCGAGUACGAAGUUGAUGCGCCAGAGUUGAAGAAAAGGGGAUUGUUGGAGAUGUUUGAGAAAGCUGGGCCGCAUGCUGGUGGAAAGAAUUCGUUUGUACCCUUUGUGGUUAAGGGAACCUUCAAGUCACUGUAUUUGAGAAUAGCUGGACCGCAACAGCAUCCAGACCAAGAUCUUGCGGAAGUCGCUGCUAAUGCGAGGAAAUGGAGACUGGAGAAUGUCAAGGGUACAAUGUUCGGCAUCGUGAGUCCCGAGUGGAUGCAGGGUGUCAGCAUUGGUGGUGUACAUUGUCAUUUUAUGACGGAGCCUGAGCAAGGAAAAGAUGCUGAGGGAGGUCAUGUUCUUGACUUUGAGACUGGAGAUGAAGCCGAGUUGCAAUGGGCUGUGACUGGGAGAUAUCAUCUUGGCUUCCCUAGGGACGAUGAGUGGGAGAAGCUGGAUCUCACGGCAGAUAUUGCAGGUCUCAACAAAGCUGAGGGAUGAAUUCAAUGACGAGCACCUGAAAUAGAGAACGCUGGGAAGGUGUAUAUUUGCUUCUCGAGGUCAUCUUCAUGGCACAGGAAUUUCUAUCGGGAGCAAUAUGGUCUCAUGUCACACAUCUGCUUUCACAAAAUUCACUUCAAGAGCGGGUCUCUGAUGACAUCGCUCUAUUCGUAAUGACUUGCCUUGCGAUGACUCCAAGUAUUACAGAGUUCAGUAACCGGAGAUGCCUCAAGUUGUGGGACACGU